AUGUUCCAUUUCACACCUGAGCUGCUGACUGAGUCUGGAAAGACUUCAUACAGGUUCAGGUGUCCUGGUCCAGGUGUGUUCCAGUGUGCUUUGACUGGACUGGUGUUUGUUACGACUCAGGAGGCGGAGCUGCUGUAUAACACUGUCCAAUGGGAUGAGAGCCUCCUCCAAUCAGCUGGCUGGAUGGCUGGAGGGCCGCUGUUUGACAUCAAGUGUUCAGAGAAUGCUGCAGUCUGUCAGCUCCACCUUCCACACUGUGAAACAAAGGAUGCGCUGCUUGUUGAUGGCCUGUUGUCUGUCGUCCACAUCACUGAUGAUGGGAUGAGCAUCUUGGAGCCGCUGAAGAUUACAGACACUCAUGUGAUCUUGAAGGUCCCUCACCUCUCUGCCUUUGGCCUGAUCUGGGAUUUCGUUAGAAGAUUUCUGAACAUCUCACUGGCAAUAGAGGCCCAAGUUCUGCUGUUCCUCCGACCUCUGGACACGGGGCCUCGAGUCCUAGAUGUUUUACUGCUGCCCCGCAACGUUCUUCUAGAUGAGCAUGAAACAUUUAGCUCAGACUAUGGACCAAAUUACCAUCCAACAUUUGAAGUUUUCCUGGAGACGAUCACAAAGAAGGUGACUUUGAUGGUCCAGGACCGAGAGAGGAGAGAAGUCUGGAGACGUGACGUGUCUUUGAAAGGUCCAACUGUGCUAAAUCCACAGAGGAAUGUCCCAGCAGAGGACAGCGUCCCAGCAGAGGACAGUGAUCCCCCAGAAGACAGGCUGUUGCUAGUUCGGAGACAGUUUGUACAGCGAGUGUCUGAUCCAGUUCUGAACCAGCUUCUGGAUCAACUCCUUGAGCGUAGUGUUAUAACUGAUGGUGAAAUGCAGUCAGUCAGAACAGGCAGAGCAGACAAAGCCCGAGACGUGAUGGACACGGUGAGAAGAAAAGGAAGAGCAGCCAGCUCAGUUCUGAUCUCUGCUCUCUGUGAGGUGGAUCCAGUCCUUUCCAGAGGGCUGAGAUUAAUGUGA